CUAUUUGUGAUGAGUGGGUGUGUAAACGCUUGCCAAGUGUUGUCUUUUCCUCUCAUUCGUUGCGACGUUUUAUUGGAGUUGCAAGAUGGCGACGGUGCAUCUGAGAAUCGGGGAUCUAGUGUGGGGGAAACUUGGUCGAUAUCCACCAUGGCCUGGAAAGAUUGUAAGCCCACCCAAGGAUCUAAAAAAGCCAAGGGGAAAAAAAUGCCAUUUUGUGAAAUUCUUUGGAACUGAAGACCAUGCUUGGAUCAAAGUGGAACAGCUAAAGCCUUAUCAUGCUCACAAAGAGGAGAUGAUCAAGAUAAAUAAAGGCAAGCGGUUCCAGCAGGCUGUUGAUGCAGUGGAAGACUUUCUUAAAAAAUCAAAGGGGAAAGAACAGAACUCCGAAGGUAAAGGAGACUCCAAAGGAAAGAAGACUCCUAAAAAACCACUAAAAAUACUGGAUGAGGAUGAUGAGGAUCUUAGUGCCUUGAGGGACCCCUCUGAAAAGCCUGUGAAGGAUGACCCACAUUUUCAUCACUUCUUGCUUAGCCAGUCUGAGAAGCCUGCCUCAUCCAUGGAACCUAUAAGCAAGCGCUUAAAAAUUAUUGAAGAGGACACAGCAUCAACAUCCAUUCAAGCUGCAGACAGCACGGCCAUUAAUGGCAGCAUCACACCCACAGAUAAAAGGAUAGGGUUUCUUGGUCUGGGGCUGAUGGGAAGCGGAAUAGUUUCCAACCUGUUGAAAAUGGGCCAUGUCGUCACAGUCUGGAACCGCACAGCAGAAAAGUGUGACCUGUUCAUCCAAGAAGGUGCCAGGUUGGGUCGGACUCCUGCAGAAGUGGCUUCAACGUGUGACAUCACGUUCUCUUGUGUUUCUGACCCAAAAGCUGCCAGAGAUUUGGUUUUAGGUCCCAGUGGAGUGCUGCAAGGAAUCAGACCGGGAAAGUGUUACAUAGAGAUGAGUACUGUUGAUCCAGAGACCAUUACAGAGCUCUCACAGGUGAUCACUUCAAGGGGUGGCCGUUUCCUGGAGGCUCCAGUGGCAGGAAGUCAGCAGCUCUCAAAUGACGGCAUGUUGGUCAUCUUGGCAGCCGGUGAUCGAACAGUUUAUGAGGACUGCAGCAGCUGCUUUCAGGCUAUGGGGAAGACUUCCUUCUUCUUGGGUGAAGCAGGGAACGCAGCAAGAAUGAUGCUCAUCCUCAACAUGGUGCAGGGCAGCUUCAUGGCCACCAUUGCAGAAGGACUCACUCUGGCUCAGGCUACUGGCCAAUCACAACAGACCUUUCUGGACAUCCUAUGCCAGGGCCAGAUGGCGAGCACUUUUGUGGACCAGAAAUGCCAAAAUAUUCUACAAGGCAACUUUAAACCAGACUACUAUUUAAAGCACAUUCAGAAGGAUUUAAGGCUAGCCAUCUCAAUGGGCGAUAUGGCCAACCAUCCAACCCCGAUGGCUGCAGCUGCCAAUGAGGUGUACAAGAGGGCCAAGGCACUGGACCAGUCAGACAAUGAUAUCUCUGCAGUCUACAGAGCCUACAUUCAUUAGAUUGAGGUGUGAUUUUCUGUCUGGACCACAUAGUCUUUAAUCCUUCAGUUUCCCACCUCUUGAUGUAACAAGUUUUAUAUUCUUAAUUCAAGUUUUUUUUUUUUUUUUCGUUAUUCCAAUUUUGCACCUGCCUGGUUAUAUGCCCACUACUGAUGGGAUUGCAAUUUCUUCAUUGUAGGAAACAUUGAACAUUGCACUGACUUAAUGAAGGGGGAAGACGUGUGAGUACUGCUCGAAACAAGGUUUUACUACUGCAAAUGGAGGCAGCUUAUCAGACCUCUGACAUCAGACUUCGUGGUAAAAGUAAUGUAGGUUGUUUUGUGAGGGCAAGAUUGUGGUGUCCAGACCCAUUGUCGAGCUGGUUGUCCAGUCCAGGCCACAUGGAUGGCUCAAGUUCUAAAUGCAUAACCCCAAAUAUUUUUUUAUGUGCAAAUGAGUUAAUUUAAAUUUGUCUACACUUCUAUUCAUUUCUUUAAAUAUCUAAAAUUCUAAGAGGGAAACGGAGAAUAUGCCACUGCAUUGCCUUAAUAUAAUAGUCCCUCCAAUCUUUAAGUGAAUUUAUUUAUUUGUGAGGUCUUCUGUGCAGUUCGGUUUUGGCAUAUUUCUGUAUUUGACAAAGGCAAUUGGAGCUUUUAAAAUGGGGGUUUAUUGUAUUUCCUGACCCAAUAAGGACAUCCGCGUUAAAAUGCAGUAAGAUUUAGACGUUCUCAUUAAGAUGUGAGAUUUCCAUGUUUGCUUAAUUCUUGGUUUGUUCUCAUUUACUUGUCUUUUAAAAAAAUAUAUAUAUAAAUAUAUAUA